GUUGCGAACUCGAAUAUUUGAUCCUGUGAACCUUGAGGGAGGCUGAUUGGACCUGAGUCUGGAAUUCCUUCUCGAUCUGCUUCCGCGCCUGAGGCUGGUGUCAGUUGCAGCGCGAUAGCUCCGACACUCACUCCGUCCCCGAAUGCCCCCACUCCAGGAUGAUCCGUGUUGCUACCUAACGGGCUCUCUCUAAUUCUCUUGUUUGACGUCGACGUGCAUGCGGCUAGCUUAUGUCUGCCACAGAUCCUUCAGAUUCCCCGGCUUCCCCUAAUCAAGGGGAGCAAAAACAGCCCAUCCUCGAUGAGGGAAGUAACAGUGACGCUCAAGUGACUGCUACCGGCCCCGAAUCCACGGCGGAAGGCCAGAAUGAUAGUUCCUCCCUAUCUGAAAAGCCACAAUCAGCCGAGAUGAACCAAGAGUCGCAAUCUGAAGCGCAGAGCGCCGCUACGCACUCCCCGCAUCCGCCUUCUACGCCGGCCGCGAACCCGCAGUCGCUUCCGGAGAAAAUACAGGGGCUUUCGAUCGUAACCACCAAGACCCCCGAACCUAUCGCAACCCCUGGUACCGACAUACCUCCUACGCCUCCCGCUAAAGACGAAUCCUACUUCACCUUGAAGACCCAAUCUGCCGGCCCCACCCGCUCUCCUACAACUGCCUUCUCCGAGAAGACCGAUAAGGAAUUGCCUGAGGUUCCCGGGGAUGCUGAAAAGAGUGCAAAGAAAGACGCAGCCGAGGGAGGUGGUGGGGGUCAGGACAGCGAUUCUCAAUCAGAAAUUCAGAGUAUCAUCGACCAGUUCCAGGAUACGACGCAUGCCGGUGGGGAGGAGCUAAUCAUGUCUCCUCGACUGGAGCUGGCGGAACAAUUCUUCGGUGGGCAGGGUCACUUCCCGUCGCGUCAGUCGAGCCUUGAACAUAGCAAGGCGAGUCCAGAAGAAAUCUCGCUGCCAGGGACCUCCACCAUGUCGCCUGAGAAACAGUCCAUCAAGUCCCUGCGGGAGAGUUCCAUCACGGAGGAAGCAAGGUUGAGCCGACGAUCGUCGACCUCAACCAUUCCUCCACCCCCUGAACCUGAAUAUGACCAGCCAUUCGAUUUCCAUCGCUUCCUGGAACAAUUACGGCAUCGUACAGCAGACCCGGUAGCCAAGUUCUUACGUUCUUUCCUUAAUGAGUUUGGCAAGAGGCAAUGGAUGGUUCACGAGCAGGUAAAGAUCAUUAGUGAUUUCCUGAUCUUCAUCACCAACAAAAUGGCUCAGUGUGAGGUCUGGCGCGGUGUGUCUGACAGUGAGUUUGAUAACGCAAAAGAGGGUAUGGAGAAGCUGGUUAUGAACCGACUGUACUCUCAAACAUUCUCUCCUGCUAUACCCGGCCCGCCUACCAUCCCCAGAAGCGCAAGUAGAAGCAAGCGGAGGGAACUGGAAAGGCUGCAUGGACCGUGGAGGCGAGGACAACACCAAGAGGAUAUCGAGCGGGAUGAAGUUCUAGCCCAGAAGAUGCGCAUUUAUAGUUGGGUGAGAGAAGCACACCUGGACAUAGCACCCGUGAGCGCACAUGGUCGGCGCUUCUUGAACUUGGCCCAGCAAGAACUCUUAAAAAUCAACGGCUACCGGGCGCCUCGCGAUAAGGUCAUUUGCAUUCUCAACUGCUGCAAAGUAAUAUUCGGUCUGUUGAGAAACUCGAAAAGAUCGGAUACUUCAGCGGAUUCAUUUGUGCCACUUCUAAUCUAUGUGGUAUUGCAGGCCAACCCUGCACAUCUGGUAUCUAACAUCCAAUACAUUUUACGCUUUCGUAAUCAAGAGAAGCUUGGAGGGGAAGCCGGAUACUAUCUAUCAUCUUUGUCCGGAGCUAUUCAGUUUAUCGAGACUCUUGACCGCACAAGUCUCACAGUGAGUGAUGAAGACUUUGAGCGGAACGUCGAAGCUGCUGUCUCGGCCAUUGCUCAGCAAAAUCGCGAAUCCGAGUCAAUGGAACGCAAGUCCACGGAGCGCAGAUCCUUGGAGCGUUUAGCCGAGAGCUCACAGGCAGCAUCAGCGCCACGGGCCUCCGUGGAUGCCCCACGCCCACCUGGACGGAGAGACACCCCCCAAUCCAGUGAGGAAGACCAAGCGCCAGUGGCUGGGCUGCUGCGCACUAUUCAGAAACCACUGUCUACCAUCGGUAGACUCUUCUCCGACGAGCCGGAAUCUCCCCAGGAACGACCUGCGCGGUCUGGGUCACCCGCGCGACUUACACCGAAUGUAUACCAACCGCCUCGUAACAGUAGUGAGGGACGGCGGUCAGUUGAGAGGCCACGCAAUGUUAUCCCGCCGCAGUUGAGCAGAGCACUAGAUUCUCAGGAUGCUGCCGCUCGCCAGGCUAGCGCUGAGGAUGCGGAAGCCCGUAGGAUCCAGCGUGCUGAGCACAACAAUGUGGUGGAGACAUUGUCGAACAUGUUCCCCAAUCUUGAUCGUGAUGUGAUCGAUGAUGUCGUCAAGAUGAAGGAGGGACGCGUUGGCUUGGCCGUUGAUGCGUGCCUUGCGCUUAGUGCGGAGUGAUGGAAAGGACGGCAUUCAUGGUUGAUGGAGAAUAGGCACGUACCUGGAUGUGUCGGUGGUCAUGCAUAAGACUCAUGCCGUAGCUAUGUGUUAUGAUCGCUUGAGGUACUGCAUAUAAUAUGACGAUGCUGUCGGGGAUGGCCUUAUAGAACAGUC